GUCUCAAACACGACAACCGGGCUGCCGGGCUGCCUAUAUAUUCUCGUCACCACAUCGGACUAUCCGGCUGUGUCUUGCCCACACAGAGGUACUCCGCACGAGAGGCGUUGGGUGCAUGUCUGGCGGAGUCGUCCAGCUGAAGGAUGAGGGCUCACAGCAGCAGGUGGCUGUUGCAGGCGCCGUCGCAGGCCUCGUGUCGCGCUUCGUGAUCGCUCCCCUCGACGUCAUCAAGAUCCGCCUCCAGCUCCAGGUGCACUCGCUCUCUGACCCCCUCAGUGUCCGCGGUGUCACUGGGCCCGUCUACAAAGGCACCCUCGGCACCCUCAAGCACAUCCUCCGCGAGGAGGGGCUCACUGGGCUCUGGAAGGGCAACAUCCCCGCCGAGGGCCUGUACCUCGCCUAUGGCGGCCUCCAGUUCUCGGCCUACACGUACUGUUCACACCUUCUUGACGCGAUUCCCCAGCCGUACAAGCUGCCAAGCCCUGCCAACUCGUUUAUAAGUGGAGCGACUGCCGGUGCUUGCGCAACCACCCUCACCUACCCCCUCGACCUUCUCCGUACGCGUUUUGCUGCUCAAGGGUGCGACCGCGUCUAUCCCUCCAUCGCGGCGUCGGUCCGACACAUUGCGGAACAUGAGGGACCGGGGGGCUUCUUCCGCGGCCUCGGAGCGGGCGUGAGCCAGAUCGUGCCAUACAUGGGACUCUUCUUCGCUAGCUACGAGGUACUGAAGCCCAUUCUGUCCAACUCGCCCAUUCCAAUGCCCUUCGGAACGUCGGAUGCCGUCGCUGGAGUCAUCGCGAGCGUCCUCUCCAAGACCGCCGUCUACCCGCUCGACACAACACGCAAAAGACUGCAGGUUCAAGGCCCGAUGCGGUCCAGGUAUGUCCACCGGAACAUACCCUUAUACAACGGAGUCGCAAGCACUCUCCUUCAAAUUUGGAAGAUCGAGGGGAGGAGGGGGAUGUACCGGGGGCUGACGGUCAGUCUGCUGAAGGCUGCUCCAGCCAGCGCGGUGACCAUGUGGACUUAUGAACAAGCCAUGGCUAUCUUGCUGGCUAUGGAGACGCUCGGUGAAGAGUGAGGCGUGGCUGUGGUUGUGUUUGUGGCCGACCUGUGGCGUGCAUGGAUCGGCGUUCGAGCUAUUUUCUUUUGGCAGCUCUACUGCAUCCUAA